AUGGAAACUCGAGCAAAUAAUCUUAAUUUGAUUGAAAAAGAAGAAGAGAUGCUUAUUCAAUAUAUUAUCGAUAUAGAUGAAAGAGGAUUUGCAUCUAAAUUAAAUGGUGUAGAAGAUAUAACGAAUUAUAUUCUCGAAUCAAGAGAUACGAAGAGAAUUGGAAAGUUCUAA